UCCUUUUGUAAUAUACCGUGCAUAAACUCUGCUGUUCAGACGGUGACUUUCCGAGGGGUAGAAAAUAGUAUAAUAAUGUAAUAUCAAAUUUGUUUCCUUAAUCUUUGUUGCCCUUUGUCAUUCUUAUAUCUGGAUUGACUUUAUCCAGUUUAAAUUAAAGCAAGCAGCAUUUAAACGAAACACUCCUUUGUUUGAAUUUAUAAAAAAAAUGCGGAUUAUGCAAAGUUUUGGUUGGGUCACCGUCAUUUUGAAAUGUAUUAUAUGGAUUAUCAUCCCGGGAUGGGCUAAAGCAUAUUACCGGAGGUACACUAGCUAUGGAACCGGCGACACACUGAUCAACGUAAUGACAGGCGGACACGCGGAUGAUGCACAUCGGUGGGCGACGGAAUGCAUGGAUGGAGAGGCAAUGGUAGGAGUUCACGACGGUGGAGAUUAUGGUGGCCUGGGCAAUAUAUGGUGCAAAUUUAUGUUUCCAAAGAAGAAGCCUUCGUUUGGGAUUUAUCCAUAUUUUGACUUCUGCAAUGUUAGAAAUCUGGAUGUGAUGCAUGAGUAUUACUGCUACGACAAAUAUUAUCCCAUGGAUACCUAUGACACUUUUGUGACAGGUUUCAAUCCAACAGUGGGCUACUUCUAUGCGGGUACUCUGGGCACUCCGUUAAAUCCCGCAUUAACCGACUUGAACGCCGGCAAUCUUAGAAAUGACAACCUGUACAAAUGCUGCAAAUUACCUCAUGGAUAUCACCUCGACUAUUCGCGAUGCCAGUAUCGAUACACGCACGAUAAGUUUGGCGAGCAUUACGACGAAAACACAAUGUUUAUGGGGAAGUGUGACCGAGACGCAGUGAUGACAGGCAUUGGUCGAGGCGAAAACCCGUGGACUGCCGGGUUGAAUUUUGUCUGGGUGCAGUGCUGUCCAUUGUUUUACGACCCAACGUUUAUUCCCCUCUAUGCAUUCGCCAACGAAACAUACCACUGGCAAGCCGGUGCCCCGCCCCUGCGGCAGAUCCGCCGGCCGGCAUACGGCUACGCUACAACCACCGCAACUCCAGCAAUGUAAAUAAUAAAGACUAUUAGUACGAUGGAAGAAUAAUUAGUAAUGAUGGUAACUAUUAUUUUGUUGUUUUCUGAUCUCGGUAUGCUUGGCAGUGACAAGCAGUGAAUUUUGAUCUCUGAUAUCAACUGGGCACUUCGAAAAAUGAUUAGAAAUCUUCCCGAAGUUUGGAUGAGCAAGGCGGCAGUACUGAGUACUGCAUGCUCUGCAUAAAUUUGAC